AUGGCUGGAAGGAAUGACGCUGCAAUGGCUGCCACAAUGCAAGCGAUGGCACAAGCUGUGCAGAACUUGCCAAAUGCUGGUGGAGAUGCUGGAUCACGUAGCUUGGCGACUUUUCAAAGAGAGAAUCCGCCGGUGUUUAAAGGGAAGCAUGAUCCAGAUGCAGCCUUGGGAUGGUUGAAAGAGAUCGAGAGAAUCUUCCGUGUUAUGGAUUGCACUCCAGCUCAGAAGGUUCGGUAUGGUACUCACAUGCUAGCAGUCGAAGCUGAUGACUGGUGGCUAGAGACUCACGAGAGGUUGACCGUGGCAGGUGAAGUCAUUACUUGGGAUGUAUUCCGUAGGGAAUUCAUGAGAAAGUAUUAUCCGGAAGAUGUCCGCGGUAAGAAAGAAAUUGAGUUCCUUGAGCUGAAGCAAGGAAACAUGUCUGUCACUGAUUAUGCUGCAAAAUUUGUGGAGUUGUCCAAAUUUUAUCCUCAUUACACUGGUGCUGGUGCUGAAUUUUCAAAGUGCAUCAAGUUUGAAAACGGAUUGCGCUCUGAAAUUAAGAAGGCUGUUGGGUAUCAGAAGAUACGCAUUUUUACUGAAUUGGUUGAUAGCUGCAGGAUAUUUGAAGAAGACAAUAAUGCUCAUUACAAGAUUGUCAGUGACCGCAGGGGCAAGCAACAUCAAAACCGUGGCAAGCCGUAUGAUGCUCCAGUGGGAAAAGGGAAACAAGGAGCUGCUACGGCUCAGAGGACUAGUAGGGGAGGUGCUCCUGCUGGUAUAGUUUGCUUCAAAUGUGGUCAGGCUGGUCAUAAGAGUAAUGUAUGCACUGCUGAAGUAAAGAGGUGUUUUCGCUGUGGUAAGACUGGCCAUGCAAUAGCUGAUUGCAAGCACAAGGAAAUGAUUUGUUUUAAUUGUGGCGAAGAAGGGCAUAUUGGAAGUCAGUGUCAGAAGCCAAAGAAAUCUCAAACUGGAAAGGUGUUCGCAUUGACCGGAACUCAAACCUCCAGUGAGGACAGACUUAUCCGAGGUACAUGUUUCAUAAAUGGUACUCCUUUAAUUACUAUUAUUGAUACCGGUGCUACACACUGUUUUAUUUCUGCUAACUGUGCUCGAAGACUGGGUUUAAAAUUGUCCGCUUUGGAUGGUGAAUUGAUUGUUGAGACCCCAGCUAAGGGAUCAAUAACUACUUCUUUGGUAUGUUUAAAAUGUCCUUUGUCGAUCUUCGAUAAAGAUUUCUAUGUUGAUUUAGUAUGUUUGCCGUUGGAUGGCAUGGAUGUAAUUCUUGGUAUGAACUGGUUAGAGUAUAAUUAUGUUCAUAUAAAUUGUCAUCAUAAGUCGGUGAGGUUUUCCACUCCUGAAGAGGAAGGAGUUGACUUAUUACCUUUCAGAGAAUUGCGAAAAUUGAUGAAAGAGGGAGCUCAGAUGUUUUCUUUGAUGGCGACGUUGUCGGUUGAGAGUAAAGCUAAGAUUGAGGAACUGUUAGUGGUGAAAGAAUUCCCUGAAGUUUUUCCUGAUGAAAUUCCUAGUGUUGAUAAGUUGAAAUGUCACAAAGGUGAAACAACCCCAAUUGAGAAAGAGGUCUGCUGCGCCAGCUCCAUGAGGGAGUUGGACUUAGGGCGCUUCAAUCAAAAGGAUGGUUUUGGGCAAUACGUCUUUGAAAGCUCUAUUUUCAAUCAGCUGGAUUUGCAGCAAACUUUGAUUAUUCAAUAUGUAACACUUUGUAUUUUUGGAUAA